CGUACUACAGUUACCUCUGUUUUCUCAUUUAUGUUCCUAUAAAAAAUUGUGGAUAAUGAUACAUCUUCGAUUUAUCAGUUUAAAUGUAAUUAUUUUACUACUUUUAGUUUAUAAGACUCAUUCUAAGCUGAACCUAAAGUAUGCAAUUUUAAGGCGCGCACCAAAUCUGGCUGCACGAAAUGAGACCAUAUCUUUCCGACCGAGAACCAAAUAUGAUGUUCAAAAAACAAUGCGACUUAUGUUUUAUAAAAACAACACAAAAACCUUAGAAGCAUCCGCUUUUGAUGAAGACUAUUUGCAAAAAGGUUCUGGUUGCUCCCCGUCGGAUAAAUUUGCUAUUGUGUUGCAUGGCUGGAUCCAAAGUUGUGCUGAUGAUUGGUCCCUCGCGCUCAUCGAUCGGUUAAGCUAUUAUCGUGGAGGCUGCGUCAUAUGUAUUGAUUACAGUGUAAUUGCAAGUACAUCGUAUAUGCGGUUGUAUACAAAUUUCGAAAACAUUACUGGUGCCAUUGUGUCAGUCAUUCUGACUCUCAUUAAAAAUGGAUUCGAUACUAAACGAGGCUAUAUGUUUGGAUUUAGCUUUGGGGGCCAACUUGCGUCAGCUGUGGGUCGCUCACUGGGACCACAACAUAUGAUCGAGAGCAUAGAUACGUGUGACAUGGCAGGUCCCGGAUUUGAUCCGAUUGCAGUGGAUCACUCGAAAUCGGGCAAACAUGUGCAAUGCUUUCAUUCUAGUCGUGAUAAAGGAACCUUUGUAUACUCAUGCCACAGAAAUAUAAUGCUGGGCAGCUGUGGCCUGGCACAACCAUCAGUAGCCAGUCAGCUGCAUCUCGGCAGCCAUGGACUCUGCGUUGACAUCUACAUGAAUGCUUUUGAUUACCCUUUUUACGCGCUCAACUCGACACCGCCCGAGUGCAUAGCACUUCAAAAGGUGGCGAAAAUACCUGCUGACUAUACGGUCGGCUAUGAAGAGAACUUUGACAACCGCGUUACUGGGCAAAUCUUCGUCCCCACUAGUCUACAUUAUCCUUACAACUUAUCAAAAAAGGAGCUAAAAUUAUUAGCUGGAAAACAGUAGCGCAACACGAAAAAUGAUUUCUUCUGCUCGUUCCUAUUAUAAAGCCUAAUAAAAUAGAAUCCUACCGGAAUUUAAUUUAUAUUAUAUGCUCAUGGUUUUCCAAUAGACGUGACCAAUUGAAUCGUAUGAGAGAUCAUUAAAGAUACUAUCAGAUUUUUGAUUUAGUGUUCUAAUAUUAAAUAUCAGACCAAGUUUUCUGAGCAAAGCAAGCAUGAAGUGAAAACUCCCAGUUUAAAUCAAUUUCACACACAUUUUAGUAGUAGUUCACUUUCGUUUAGUUUAAUUCACCAAAAAUAUAUUUCAAAUUAAAUUUGAAUUAUGUAUAUACAUAAUAUCAGUAAACACUAUUCCAAUUGAUGAAUCGCCGCCAUCAUAUCUUGUAGAUGUGACUACUGGUUGGGGCAGUCAUUGGGCGACUGUUUCUUGUUACCAGCAUGUUUGUUGUGCCCCUUGGCUGGGGGUGCACCUUCAUCGUCAUCCUCCUCCUCUUCGUUUUCAUCGAACUCCUCUUCGUCUUCAUCGUCCUCAUCAUCGACAAUGUCACCAGUGAAGUAAAGCACCGCCUUUGGAAUAAUUCUGGCCCGCAAAAAGUGACCAAUUUCAAAAUCGGUUGCCAGUAUCUGCAAUGAAAAAAAUAUACAAAAAAAAGAGUAAGAAAUUUCGAUGGCAUUUGA